GGGGGAGGGAGCAAGGAGGGAGGAGGGAGAAGCGAGCGGAGGAAGGAGGAGGCGAGGGCGACGAGGGAGGCAAGAGGGAGAGGCGCAGACGGGAAGACGCGGGGGGGGGGGGAGGCAGCCUGCCGAGCACGGACGGGGCGGGCGACGGGGCAGGAGAGCCCAUGCGAGGCCGACCCCGGCACCGCCGGGCACGGCCACCGGGCACGGCAGCCGAAAUAUAAAAAAUCGAGCGGGAUGGACCAGCCUCGAACUGAUCCCUACCCUAAGACGGGCAAGCCAGCAGCGAUGACAAUCUCAGGGACGCGCCCUCAGAGACCGAGGGAGCCCUGAAGAUCGGUACCGAGGCAAGGUGGUGCCAACCAUAGGGAUAGGGAUAUGUCUCAAACUGGUAAGGGGCAGCCUGCACCGUUGGGCGCGGCCCCGAGAAAAGUGGCGAAGAGCGCGGUACGCUACGAAUCGGGAAGCGGCUCCUCCCUUCUGCCGCCGCGCCAGGCCGGGAUACCUCGACGCCGGCCAAGACCCGCGGCGGCAGCAGCCCUCCCCCGAGACAAGAGUUAGGCGGAGGAGAGAGAAGCGGGAGGGUUGGGGCACCGCCGGCCCGCCGGGCCAACAAGGCACGAUCUAGCCCAGGAGCGAAUCGAUGAGUCGGAGCGGCGGAGAUCGGCAGCAGAGUGGGCAGCAGUCGCGUUGGCGGACAUCGGGAGGCUAAAGCUUAGGUCGGGCAGAUUCAUCCUACUCGCGACUCGGCGGCGGCCGGCAUGGACCGUGGCCGAGAUCGGCUCCGACGAGACCCCGUGACACGCCAGCCGACGCCGCCGCUCCCCGCCUCCCCGCACGGCUCGCGCCAAGGCUCCGCGGGGCUCGCGCGAGGGCCCGGCCUCUCCGGCCGUGCCCGCGCCCGCCGAGGCCUCGCGAGCGGCAGACGGGUCCGCAUCCGCGCCCUCGCGAGGUCUGGAGCCGGGGGCGCGGUCGCGCGGGUGCGCGGUCGCGCGGGCGCGCUCCGCGCGGGGCGUGCGCGAAAAAAAAACGCCCCGCGUCCGCAUGCCGCAGGGCGGCCCGGGCGCUACCGGUAGGGAUACCACCAGCCCAGCCACCGGCCAGCGCUGCCGGUGGAGACGGCCGUGCGCGCCCAGCCCAGGUGGUCCAUGAUGGCCUGCAUCGCGCUCGGGCAGUAUCCACCGGAACUGGCCGUGGUGCAUGUCGUCGACGACCAGCUGGCGCACGUGCGGGAAUUUCGACACACUCGUGUAGACAUGUCCCUGACCGGCAGGAUCCCGUCCUUGCCCAUCAGGACGACAGACGAGUCCGCGGGCAGCAUCUCUGGAAACAGCACGUUGUCCGUCCAGAAGAAGUGCCGCAUCAGGGUCUUCGCUAUCCCGAGCUCGCGGGCCCCGAACCAGCUCAUGAUGAACCCGCUGAAGGUGCGAGGGGGCUUGUACAGGAAGUUCACGCACACGUCCGGCAGGUUCAGGAAGAUCGACACGGGGUCCACCAGGAUCACCUGCUUGAGCACCCCCGGGUGGCCCUGAGCAGCCAGGCGAUGGGCAGCGUGCCGAACGAGUGGCCCAUGCCGACGCAGUCCGCCAGCUCGUGGGCCUGCAGCACCUCCACCACCCAGCGGGCGUAGUCCUCGGAGCUGGGGAUCUCCGCCAGGGGGUUCAUGGCGAUCCACGGCAUCUCGAAGAAGCUGGGAACCUGGUCCUUCUGCGGCAGGCGCGCCAGCAGGGUCCAGUAGGUCGCCAAGCCCAGCCCGAUGCCGUGGAAGAAGAUCAGCGGGCGAGUCUCCGACGACACCUGGGCGGCCUCGGCCUGCUCUUAGGCCGGGCACGUCCUCCUCCAGGCGGAUUUUGUAGAGAAAAAAAAACUCAAAGAAUAUUCAGAGUCCCCA